UGUGAAAUCACCCACAAUGCAAUGCGCCAUUUUCUGUCUUGUCACAUGACUACAUACAAAGGCGGAAGUAAAAAGCUAAACAUCAGAUCAGAGCAGAAAAUACAACGGCGGUGAUGUGAUGGCAGCUGCCAGUGUGAGUCGACCCGGUGGUUUGAUAAACACAGAGAAAUCACAGCUCACCUUAAAAGUGGUAUCAGCGAGGCCUCAGUCUCCGAAGCUCCCAGCUCGUCUGGCUCGCGGCAGCUCAUUUGUGGAGGUGACGGCUGACGGUCUGAGCACCGAGACCAAGAAAACCUGCAAACGCAGUGGAAAUGACCUGCAGUGGAACGAAGACCUCACACUUAAUGUGACUCCUCUGAGCCGGUUGGACCUGAAGUUGUGGAGUUGUCACACUCUGAGGAAAGAGCUUCUGGGCAGCGCCACCAUCGACCUGCUGGACACACUGCGCACUCACCACGGGAAAAUGGAGAACGUGGAGCUCAGUCUGGAGUUACAGAUGGAGAAUAAAGGCUCGGUUGUGUCGGGUGGAGAGCUGAACGUCUGUUUGGACGGCUUAGUUGUUGAUCUGGGAUCACUGCCCAAUCAGGGUGCAGAAGCUGACAAGAUGCUGCCGACGGAGUGUACCCACCUUUUCAGGACUCAGGGCUCAGAGAUGACUGGCUCGAUCAGUAGCCCCCGCAGAAAUCUGAGAGCAGCAAGUGUAGAUUCUCCUGGAGCUUCAAGAGGAACAGUGCUUACUAAUGGAGACACAAACACAGACUCAACCCACUAUGACACAGAUAAAGGUAAUCCUGCAGCAGAAGAAAAUGCGUGUGGCCAGAACACACCUCCAUCACCAUCACUCAGACCAGAUGUCCCUCCCACUGACAUCUCUGCCCCGCCUCCAUCUGCAGAUUCAGCUCCGCCUACACAAGACCAACACACACAGCCAGCAGUGGAGGAUUUACCUGCCGGGUGUGUGUAUGUGUGGGUGAUUGUGUAUGAGGGUGUGUGUAUGCGUAUGUGUGAGGGUAUUAGUGUGUAUGAGUGUAUUAGUGUGUAUGAGUGUAUUAGUGUGUAUGAGUGUGUGUAUGAGUGUGUGUGUGUGUGUGUGGUAAGGUGGGAGAAGCGUGUGGAUCAGCGUGGACGGUUUUACUACGUGGACCACAACACACGGACGACGACGUGGCAGCGGCCCACAGCUGAGUCGGUCAGGAACUUUGAGCAAUGGCAGAGUCAGCGCAGUCAACUACAGGGGGCCAUGCACCUGUUCAACCAGAGAUACCUGUACCAGUCGUCUGGAGCUCCGGUUGAGAAUGAUCCUCUGGGCGCUCUUCCUCCAGGAUGGGAGAAGCGUCAGGACAAUGGCAGAGUUUAUUUUGUCAAUCACAACACACGGACCACACAGUGGGAGGAUCCUCGAACCCAAGGGAUGAUCCAUGAGCCCCCACUGCCCCCUGGCUGGGAGAUGAAGUACACUGCUGAGGGUGUGAGGUACUUUGUAGAUCAUAAUUCUCGCACCACUACCUUCAAAGACCCGCGUCCAGGAUUUGAGUCAGGCUCACGACAGGGUGGAUCACCAGGUGCCUAUGACCGAAGCUUCAGAUGGAAAUAUCAGCAGUUCCGUUUCCUGUGCCAUUCCAAUGCUUUGCCCAGUCAUGUAAAGAUUUCAGUUUCGAGGCAGACUCUGUUCGAGGACUCGUUCCAGCAGAUUAUGAACAUGAAGCCGUACGACCUGCGCCGGAGGCUCUACAUCAUAAUGAGAGGAGAGGAGGGGCUCGACUACGGCGGCAUCGCCAGGCAAUGGUUCUUUCUGCUGUCCCAUGAGGUGUUGAACCCGAUGUACUGUCUGUUUGAAUAUGCCGGUAAAAAUAACUACUGCCUGCAGAUAAACCCCGCCUCCUCCAUAAACCCUGACCACCUCACUUACUUUCGCUUUAUUGGUCGCUUUAUCGCCAUGGCACUGUAUCAUGGGAAGUUUAUCGAUACAGGCUUCACUCUGCCUUUCUACAAGCGCAUGCUGAAUAAAAAACCCACACUGAAGGAUCUGGAGUCCAUCGACCCCGAGUUCUACAACUCCAUCGUCUGGGUCAAGGAAAACGAUGUGGAGGAGUGUGGAGUUGAGCUGUAUUUUGCACAGGACAUGGAGAUUUUGGGGAAGGUGUCCACACACUCGCUGAAGGAUGAUGGUGAGAACCUGCUCGUCACUCAGGAGAACAAGGAGGAGUAUAUCAGUUUGCUGACAGACUGGCGGUUCUCCCGGGGAGUGGAGGAACAGACCAAAGCGUUUCUAGAUGGUUUUAAUGAAGUUGUUCCACUUGAAUGGCUUCGUUACUUUGAUGAGAAGGAGCUGGAGCUGAUGCUGUGUGGGAUGCAGGAGAUUGAUCUGAGUGACUGGCAGAAAAACACCAUCUAUCGGCAUUACACUAAGAACAGCAAACAGAUCCACUGGUUCUGGCAGGUUGUGAAGGAGAUGGACAAUGAGAAAAGGAUUCGCCUGCUGCAGUUUGUCACAGGAACAUGUCGGCUGCCUGUGGGAGGAUUCGCUGAGCUGAUAGGGAGUAACGGACCACAGAAGUUCUGCAUCGACAAAGUGGGCAAGGAAACAUGGCUGCCGAGGAGCCACACCUGCUUUAAUCGUCUGGACCUGCCACCAUAUAGGAACCUGGAACAGCUGCGUGAGAAACUUCUGUUUGCCAUCGAGGAGACCGAGGGCUUCGGUCAGGAGUGAGCGCAUGAACUGUGGACUAGACACCGAGGUCUUGAAGAUGGGGACAAGACCACAGACCAAUAUACCGCUUUGCACCAUGAACACAGGAUCUUAACACUCUGACAUGCAUUUACGCUAAUUUAAAACAUAAUAAUAAUACAAUUCUAUUUAUGUAGCAAAAGACCAAACUUUACAGAAUGAAAUGUUUAAAUCGCAUAGAAAACUGUAAAGCCU